AUGUUGAAAUAUUUGUUUGUUUCGCUAUUGGAUUUCGUCGAUCGCUUUCGCUUUCACGGUUCAAGUUCGCCCGACAAGAUGCGCGCACCCGCGGCCAUGGUGCUGGGCCUCUCAGCCGCCCAAGCUACGAAGUUCGAGGCUCAUGACCCGACUCAGUUUGUCUUACCAUUUACCGGCUCCGUAAAUGGAGGCAACACUUUUCCCGGCGUCAGCUUACCGUUCGGGAUGGUGAAGCUGGGCCCUGAUCUAUAUACCGGAUCCGACAGCUAUUCGGGAUACCAGUCCAAUGGCAAUUUUACCGGCUUCAGCUUAUUGCACGAGAGCGGCACGGGUGGCGCGCCCAAAUACGGAGUUGUCAGCCAGUUACCCGUUGUCGGCUCAAUCGACAACCCACUGAAUGACCAGGGCAUUGGCCGAGCCAACGCGGACGAUGCGAGACUCGGCUAUUAUAAGUCGAGUCUUUCAAACGGCGUUACGGUAGAACUCGGAGCAACUGGUAAAGCCGGCCUGUUCCAAUAUCAGUUCCCAGAUGAUGCAGAUGUUACCAACGUCGUUGUCGAUGUCUCUCAUGUUCUUCCUUCUUUCAGGGGUCAAGGUCUAGGCCAAAAUUACUUGGGCGGUAAUAUUUCGGUGUCUAAGACAGAUAGCGGUGUUCGAUAUCAAGGAUCUGGUUCUUAUGAUAAUGGUUGGAACCGCGCUCCGAAAUGGUCGGUUCACUUCUGCGGCUACUUUGAUCAGCCGACGACAUUCAAGACGUUUUUGGGAGAGGACUCAAAAGGCGAUAAGCUAGCUGACUACAGCGAUGCUUCCGAACAAGGCUCUGAUGCCCGGCUGGGCGCUGUUUUUACUUUCGACGGCAAGAAUGUUACCUCAAGGGUAGGAGUAUCGUUCAUCUCAUCUGAACAGGCCUGUGAAAAUGUUGAUAGGGAGAUUCCCGCCGGGACAUCUCGGGUUACUUUGGAAGACAACACAAGAACGGCCUGGAAUGACCAGAUUCUAUCCAAAGUCACCACGACGGAUUUUACCAACACAACAAGGCUUCAGCUCCUCUAUUCGUCUCUUUACCACAUGUCUAUUAUCCCGAGCAACAAGACCGGGGAGAAUCCACUCUGGUCAUCAAGUGAGCCUUACUAUGACGACAUUUUCACGUUCUGGGACACGUUUCGAUGCACAACUUCUCUCUUGCAUAUCCUGCAGCCCGUCGUGUACGAGGAAUUCAUCCGUUCUCUGGUUGAUAUAUGGAGACACGACGGCUUCUUACCCGAUGCGCGGUCCUCGUUCUUCAACGGUGCAACUCAAGGCGGUUCUAAUGCGGACAACAUUCUAGCAGAUGCUUACGUGAAAGGCGUCCGUGGUGCUGUCAACUGGGAUGAUGCAUUCUCUGCCAUGGUCACAGACGCUGAGAAAGUACCUCCGAACAACAACGAUCCCAGAGACAAAACUGCCUCCACUAAGGAAGGACGAGGUGCCCUGCCCGACUGGAUAGAUCGCGGAUAUAUCACCACAAAAUAUAAGCGCUCCGUCAGCCGAGCCGUUGAAUACGCCGGAAAUGACUUUGGUCUCUACCAAGUAGCCAAGGGUCUAGGCAAGGACGAGGAGGCACAGAAAUACCUCAACCGCUCGCGAAACUGGCGCAACCAGUGGAACCCGGACCUCGAGGCGCUCGGCUUCAAGGGGUUCCUGGGGCCGAUCGACGAGGACGGCAACUUCAAGGACCAGGACCCGCUCAGCUGCGGCGGGUGCUACUGGGGCGACGAUUACUACGAGGCGCUGCCGAUCGAGUACUCGUUCAACGCGCACCACGACAUGGGCAAGCUGGUGGAGCUGUCGGGCGGCCGGGACGCGUUCGUCGCGCGGCUGGAGAAGUUCUUCGAGGGCGGGGUGAGCUCGGGGAACGCGCAGUUCAACCACACCCUGUUCAACCCGGGCAACGAGCCGAGCUUCACGACGCCGUACCUGUUCAGCUACGUCGGCCGCCAGGACCUCAGCGUCAGGCACAGCCGCUACGUCGCCGACAGCUACUACGCGCCGACGCCCGGCGGGCUCCCCGGCAACUCGGACGCGGGGGCCAUGGAGUCGUGGCUGCUGUGGUCCAUCAUCGGCCUGUACCCCAUGACGGGGCAAACCACUUUUCUCAUCGGGUCCCCGUGGUUCAGCGACCUGACGAUCGACCUCGGCGGCGGGAAUAAGCUGCAGAUCAACGCGGAAGGGGGAGGAGGCGGCUCGUCCCAGUCUUACUACGUCCAGUCGCUCAAGGUCAACGGGAACAGCUGGGAUAAGGCUUGGGUUACGUGGGAGGAUGUCUUCGCCAAGGGCGGCACGCUCGAUUUCGUCCUGGGCCCGGAGCCGGUUGAUUGGGCGACUGGGGACGCGCCGCCGAGUCCGGCUACGGAGUCGUAAAAGGUGGUAGAUGGUGAUGGUGUUGAUGUUGUAAGAGAGACGGAGGGAGAUUAGAGUUGUAUCUACCUAAGCUACCUAGACCUAAGGUACGAAGUAAAAAUAUUUGAUUCUUGUAUAUACGGG